AUCUGGGAAGGAACCGGUAGAAGGUUUGGCGUCACUUCACGGGUUGUUCAAAAACACCAAUACUGAAAUGUCCACCACAUCGUCAGUAUCAACGGGUUGUUUCGUUUUCAAGCCAGACAUCAAGAAGAAGAAGAAGAAAAGCUUUCCCAGUUUAGAUGACUAUUUCACUCAUGGUUGUGAAGGCGCUGAGACCAGUGAUAUACGCUUCAGACUCUUUCAUGAUCUAUGGAACAAGAUUAAAACGGACACAGAGCAUUUGCAGGAUGAACUCAAUAGGCAAAUCCUGGACAGCUUGCUGGACUUCACCAGGAAGUGCUCCUCCACUCGCCAACACGACGACUGGGCUUCCCAGAUGAGGGCCAGUGAGAUUCCCACAGCAGCGCUAAUGCUUGGAGUGAACGUGCCUGACCACGACAUGACCUUCCAGAGCCUGUCUGAGCUGCUCCAGCAGUCUGUCACACCUCACGUGGCAUCUGUCCAGGCCAAAGAGUGUGCAGCUUUGAAGCACUUGAUGAAGAGGGUCUUGGAGCGAUUGAUGCACACGGUGGUGGUGGCUGCUGCUGCUGAUGAUGAUGAUGACGACGAAGAGAAGGAGGAAGCGACGUUAAAGCAGAGCGUUACUCCGGUACACAAGAGUGUGCACUGUUCCCUGAGUGUGCUGUGCGAAUGGUACAACACACAAACAAAGAAAUCCAACACUCCUGGAAAAAAGCGCAGUUCUCAGAGUAAAGAUCAGCAUCCCCCAGUUGUGAUUAUUUUCAAAGAUUUAGAAGCCUUCAACCAAAAAGUUCUUCAGGACUUCAUUCUCAUCUGCAGUCGAUACAUCGAGCAUCUUCCCCUCAUGUUCAUAUUCGGCAUUGCCACAUCGCCGAGCACCAUCCAGCACAUGUUGCCCCACUCAGUGUCGUCGCUGCUGUGCAUCGAGCUCUUCCAGUCUCUGUCGUGCACUCAACACCUUGCCACUGUCAUGGACAAGUUAAUCCUGACAUCAAAGUUCCCUUUUAAACUGACUGGCAAAGUGAUGCAGGUGCUGAUUAGCCUUUUCCUCUAUCACGACUUCUCCGUGCGAAACUUCAUCAAGGGUGUACAGAUGGCCCUGCUGGAGCACUUCCACUCACAGCCUCUCAGCGUGCUGUGCUGUAAGAAGAAGGAAGCACUGCGUAACGCUGCACAUCUCAGCCACGAGGGCCUGGAGAGGAUCAGGCAGCUGCCUUCAUUCACCAGGUAUGUUGACAAGCAGGAAUCCCAAGAGCAGGUUGGACUGUUAAAGGAUGAUGCUCACUUACAGGAGGUUUGCCAAAAACUGAUAAAGGACCUUCAUAAAUACCACAAGAACUAUUAUCCGACGCUGAGGUGUCUUCACGUUUUGACCUCGUCGCUGCCUCGCUACCCCCUUGGAAAACAGAUCCGGGAGCUCCAUUUAAUUUGCCUGGAGAAGAAUGUUUGGGAGACGGAGGAUUACCAGUCAGCCAUGAAGCUGCUUAAGAUGUUGGCCAAAGACGAACUGAUCGCUUUACUCCAGAGAUGCGCGGAGAUCCUGCGGUCCGCCAACUCAAAGAAGAUGAAGAGCGCCCUCGUCCAGCUGGAAGACAUGCUCAGCAAAUUUAAGCAGCUGGACGGGGGCAGUGAGGUGGUCCAAUGUGAUGAGGAGAGCCUGACCUCUCCUGUGAAGAACCUUCAGAAGAAGACUGACCUGUACCAGCUGCAGAAGGCUCUUCUGGAGAUGACCGAGUCUAGAAGGACCAAGAAACGCAGUCCCUUUGAGAAUCUACGAAGUGAAGCACUCGAAUUUAUCGACAACCUUGUAAAGAGUCACCUGUAUCUGCCAGAGUCUCAGACGUUGAAUGAAGUGUGCUACUACAGCUCCUCAUCCUCCGUGAGAUGCCACCUCAACGCCACACCUCGCACCUCCAUUCAGGCCGCACUCAGCAGCCCUUACUAUUAUCUUCUGAAUGAAAGCCUAAAAACAGAUGACGGGAGCAUUUCCAACGCGGCGCCUGACAUCUGUAUCGCGUACAAGCUGCACCUGGAGUGCGGCCGCCUCAUCAACCUCUAUGACUGGAUGCAAGCCUUCUCUACUGUGGUGUCUGCAGCAGAGGGCAAUGAUCCAAAUUCAGACAACUUUGGCAAAGUGGAUGACGUCAAACACGCUCGGUUCAUCCGGGCUGUGUCGGAGCUGGAAUUUUUGGGGUUUAUCAAGUCCACCAAGCAGAAGACAGACCACGUGGCCCGACUCACUUGGGGAGGAUGCUGACCCAUUGGUCCAAAAACAAAAUAUAAAUUCCCUUGAAAAAAAAACUUGAAAUAUUUUUUUUUUUGUAGUUCUCCCUUUAAUUAAAGUUAUUUGUAUGACAUAGAUCAUGUGUUCAUUUCUUAAAAUAUUAAAGGAAUUAGUUGAUGUUCGAUGAUACAGUACACUGUACUAUUUCCAAAGACAAUACUGACUGAGUACAGUAUUGGAUUUGGAUUUAAACCAAGAGGCAGAAUAUCAGAGUGGAACCUUAAUGGUCAAACACCCUAAAAGUGGUAGAAUUUGAAGUCACACCACUAAAAAACUUAUUGUGAAAAUGAAGUGUAAUAACUAAUGGAACUUAGUACAACAUUGUAAAGUAUCUGGAUGCUUGGUACAAUUUGUUAAUUUAUCACAAGGCUUUAUUUAUUCCAGUACUACCUAUAAAUGGUCACAUCAGGUGACAUUAUCAUUCUGAUAAUGCAUUCCUUUCCCCCCUCCGUUAUUGUAUGUCCAUCAGAUGUGUUCAAAGACCUGAGUGGUUUUAUUCUGUGGUUCUCUCUAUACUUAUUUGACAGUUAAUAAAGUUAGAAAUAAGCUGUGUCCCAAUGGUUAAGAUCAUCGCCUGCCACCGUGGGGGACCUAGGUUCAAGACCCCGACCGGACCCUUGACAGACACUGAUACCCCGAACUGCGCUUCAGCUGCCCCCUGCUCCAGUGUGUUCCACUAACAAGUGUGUUUUCACUGUGAUGGGUAAAAUGCAGUGAACAAAUUUCAUUUGCGUGCAUGCAUGUUCAUGACAAUAAAGGUGAUUCUAACUCUUAACUUCUAAAUAGCCUAAACCAGUUAAUUCAUCACAUUGCAUUGUUUCCUGUAGGAAAUACUACACCUAGGAAGUCAACCAACAACAUGCAACUGAUUGUGUUUGACUUUGGAGGUUCCAGUGCAUUAGGUACACAAUCAGGUGAGAUCCAAUAUAAUCCGUGUCAAAACUCAGUUGGUGAGUCAUUUUGCUAACCGCAUGGUGUGUAGUG